CUCUUCAUUUCUACAUUCUCCGUUACCAGCAGUGGACAGUUCCUGUAAGGCCAACUCUUCUUUGGGAGAAAAAUGUCUUCCAAGCUUCAGAGUGCGAUGGAGAGCCUGAUCCAGGUAUUUCACAAAUACUCUUCUAAGGAGGGAGACAAGCACAAGCUGAGUAAUGUAGAAAUGAAGAGCCUGCUGCAAGAUGAGCUUCGAGAAUUCCUUGCUGUGAGCCAGGAUCCAAUGUUUGUCGAAAAGCUCAUGAAUGACCUGGAUGAGAACCAUGAUGGUGAAGUGGACUUCAAGGAAUUCGUCGUUCUGGUGGCAACGCUGACUGUGGCGUGUAAUAACUUUUUCGUGGGUCAGACAAAGGGCUGAGGAACACUGUGCUCCUGUUUAGUCUGCCUUAAUAAAUACUGUUUUGGAUACCUGA